AUGUUGGGUGAUGGUUGGGAUCCCUGUGAGUGCGUAUUCAACCACGAGAGCUCAAUGCGGCGUCUGUUAAACAUUCUUCGGCAGUCUCAGGCAUACUGUAACGACGUAGUCUGUCACGAGGACCCAACAAACCAAUUAGCAAAUCAAGGGAAUGGUGAGAUCUCCAUAAUGUAUGGGCUCCUGCUAGUCUGGCUUCUCAUUACUACCGGCGUUUUCGCCUUCCGCGCCGUUCGGCCGGGUGCUGAUAAUGUGCCAAAGAAGCCUAGGCCCUCUGGUGGCAAUGACCAGGAACCGCCGGCCGUUUCCUAG